AUGUAUGUUCGAGAUAUUGCUCUCUGCAACAUUCCACAUGGUGAUAAGUCUGAUCUGGCUGCUGGUGGAAAUGUGAUUGAUGUCCCAGUAAUGUAUGGCUCCAUGAGAAAUUAUCAUCCCAUUCAAAAAUAUUUUGAGUCUCAAAUUCAUAAGGAGAAUGGUGCUUUGACCCAUGAGAAUAAUUCUGUGAGUGAUGAUGAUCUUGUCUGUGAAGACGUUAAGGCUAAUACUGUUGUAACCCAUGUUGGUGUUGUUAUGAGACAUUAUGAUGUGCCAGACAACAUGUAUGACAUGUUGAUGACGGAGUUUCCAACUCAGAGGAAGGAUGAUCAAGUUUCCAUUGUUAAUUCUAAAUUACAUAACAGUUUUCGUGGAUACGGUAUCUUUUUAUUACUUCGACACUAUCGAUACAGUUUCCUAGAAGUCAUCAAUAAUAUUUCAUUUAAUUUUGAAACAAGUGGUCAAAAGUGGAAGUAUGUUGUCGAAAGAAGGAUUGAUGAUGAAAGAGAGAUAGGUAAAGAGGCUCUUGAUUGUAAAGAUAUUAUGGAGUUGUUGAAGAUUAUAACUAAUGUUGGUCCUUCGUAUGAUACAUUGAUUAAGGAGUUCAUUGUCAACAUAUCCAAUGAAUAUAAUGUUAGAGGCAUCAAAGAGUAUAACAAUAUGUAUGAUAGAGGAAAAUCUGAAGAAGAAGAGGAAAUUGCAAGUGAGGAUGAAGAAGAACAUUUUGUUGAAGCACUGGAUUAUAAUGUAAGUAUGGAGCUUUAUAGUGAUUCUCAACUGUUGAAGAUAAUGCUGAAAGCUGGAGGAUGUUAUCCUAGGUUGUUGAAGGAGAUUGAGGUUAAAAAUGAUGGUAUUCCUCAUGGGUUGCUGAGUUCAGUUAUAAGAUGCUGGUUAGGUAAAAUGUCUCAGAAAUUAUGUAUAACAUCUGUGUACUAG